AUGGAGAGAAUACAAAAAGGGUUGAUAGUCAUUUUCGGCGUGAUUUUUAUCAUUACGCUUCAAGUUGGCUCUUCAAGUUUACAUUUAAAGAGAUCUAGACACCACAGGGACUCUAUGACAUCUGAAACUCCAGAUACCACACACAUCACUUUGUUAGAAACAAAUCCAUGCCUGGUGCAGUACUGCAUGAAGGGACGAGAAUGCGUCGUGGAGAACGACCAACCAAAGUGCAUCUGUCAGGGAUCGUGUCCGCCGCACAGGCGCCUCGUGUGCGGUUCGGACGGGCACAUAUACCCGAACCACUGCGAACUUCACCGAGCCGCCUGUUUGACGGCAACCGCCGUCACCGUUCAGCAAGGGGUGCAUUGCGUCAAAAACGGUAAAGGAUGGGCCCCUGUCCCUUCCGCCCAUAUGAUUACAACCACCACAACCACGGUAGCUACCAAAUACAGAGAUUUUACCACCGAAGAGCCGGAAGACGAUGAUGACGAGGACGACUGGAAUCCAACCAUUUCUUAUCAGUCAAAAGAAUCCGAAUCACUCACUGGAGAUAAUUAUAUGGAAAACGAAAUACCCGUGGACGAGGAAAACGGAAAAUCUGAUUUAUACUACGAAAAGGAGGACUGCUCAAUGCAAGAAUAUGAGAUAAUGAAGGAUAAUUUGCUGUUGUACAACCACGCACGGCUGAUGUCCCAGGACAAUCAUAGCAAGGACUACUUAGUAUCCAUUAUGUUUUCGCACUAUGACAGAAACAACAAUGGAAACUUGGAGGCGACGGAACUAAACGAGAUCGCCGUGCAAGAGCGUCUAGACGCUUUGAGCAAUGGCUGCUCGCUAUCGAAUAUGAUACAAUACGACGACACGGACCACGACGGGAAAUUGAGCAUCAAUGAGUUCUACGUCGCUUUCAGCAAACUUUACAGCGUGUCUGUCGUGUCUUUAGACAAGGCGCUGGAGACGAACCGGCUGACGGCUCGCGUGGGCGACAACGUGGAGAUCAAGUGCGACGUGACGGGGUCGCCGGUGCCGCCGAUCGUGUGGCGUCGCAACCGGGUCGACCUGUCGACCGUCAACGAGGAGGACGUUCGAGUCUUCAGCGACGGCAGCCUCUAUCUUACGAGGAUCCAGCUGCAGCACGCCGGCAACUACACCUGCCACGCGCAGAGGAACAAGGACGUCGUGCAGACCCACGUUCUCACCGUCCACACGGUUCCAGAAGUUCAUGUAACUCCCACUAUACAAUCCAAAAGACCUGGUGAAGAUGCCACCAUGUUGUGUCAUGUGGCCGGUGAACCGUUUCCAAAGGUUGAGUGGCUUAAAAAUGACGAAUCCCUAAAGAGCGACAAUCCCAGAAAAUACCAAAUAAUUGGAAAUGGGACUGCACUAAAAAUAAGAAAAAUCGCUUUUGCAGACACUGGAGCUUACAUGUGUCAAGCUACUAGCAUAGGAGGACUAACAAGGGACAUCAGCUCGCUGGUCGUACAAGAGCAACCCACACCCAAUUCUCCAAAUGAGGAGAGACGUUUCUUUGCUUUCCACGACUGGGGGGUCAGCAUCUACGAACCGUCAACUUGCAGAUUGUACCACCGCAUUCAAUCGACCGACAUUAUUCCCGGUACACAGGAAUACGUUUGCGGCGACAAAGGCGUGCAAUGCUCCUGGGGCCGGGCCAUAAACGUGGCAAACAGAUACGUGUACGCCAGUCAACCGAGCCGUGACCGCAUCCUCAUCAUUUCCAAGGUCCAAAUGGUGGUGGUGGACGUGGUAAGCACGGACAAGUACCCGGUGGACUUGCACUACGUUCCGCACCUGGAUCAGGUCUGGAUCCUCAACUGGCGGUCGCCCAACAACACCGGAAUCAAAACCAUACAAGUCAUCAGGGAUGCCGGUCAAAAGCGAAAGCAUCACACCGUGCAUCCUGAGCCAAUCGAUGGGCAGUUCGAUUUGGUGAAGGGGUUGUUUAUUCCAUCGGCGUUUCAGGAGUUGUCGCACUUCAGUUUUAAGUAUGGAUACGUGACGCAUACGAAUCAACGUGGGUUGUACAAACUGGACCUGGAAAAUUUACGUUACACAAGAUCCGUUGACUUGACUCCUUACAAUUGCGUGCCGGCUCAAGUCAGGUUUUCAGCUUUAUAUGGUAUGGUUAUAAUGCAAUGUUUGGAACCGGUAACCAACAGACCAACAGGACAAUUGGUCCUGGAUUACUUGACUGACAGUGUUUUGGCCACCAAACCCACCCUACCUGGAGUACCUUACAUUUCACCGGAUUCGAGAAAGUUGGUAACACUGGACAGAACCGCCAGUGGUGCCACGAUCAUCGUACAGGAAAUAUCCGAGAAUGGUUUAAUAUUUUCGUUUGACGUCAAAACGUCGUUAAAUAUAUCCGACGUAACGUUUUACCCGAGCCAAACCACACACAGCUAUGACAUAUACGCCAGUGCCCAGGAAAAGGAGGAUAUUUUAUUCCUGAAUCUUUAUUCAGGAAAGGUGGAAAUCAUCACGGGAGUGGGUAAAGCCAUCCCGAUGCAGUUGACACGGUGGAAUAACCCCAACAGGCCGAUCAGCGGUUCUGGUCUUUUUGGCCAGUACAUGGUGACUCCGGCCAGCGAGGCGCUUUUCGUGAUCAACGGAAGAUCGCGAACGGUAAACUGCGAAAUAGGGGGUGUCACUCACCCCAGUGAAAUCGUCUGGACCACCCUCAAGUUUCACUAAUAGCGAUAAUCACUUUACGCAGGCUAACAAAUUUAUUUAUUUUUCGUCCCACAGAAGCAUGUAAAUGAUGUCGAGCUGUUUUCCGGAUAAAAAUGCGAUUUUUAUCUGUAAAGCAGUAAAAAUAAUGGUUAUUUUCAAAGAAACACGGUUUAGUUUAGCGACUAGCAAAUAAUUUCUAGAAUGAAAACAUAGAAAUUAUUAUAUACUAUUGAGUUGUUUGAAGAUUGUUCAUGUACAUAAUUAUUAAGGUAUUAAUAUUUAUAUAAAUCAUCCGAGAGAAAAUCCAUUUAUUAUCAACUCACUUAAAAUUUAAACAUGAUAAACGUAAAUGGAUUUUUUCGAAAAUAUCAUUACCACGUUAGACUGUAAAAUACAAAUACAACUUAUCAAGAAAUAAUUAAAUAAUUA